CGAACGAAGACAAGUGAGAAAGAUGAGUGUUUGGCUUUGCUUCUUUGUGCUCCUCUCAUGGUUUCCUCUAAUUUCGGGCUCGCCGGGUCGAGACCACGGCGCGCUUGUUCGGCUUAAGGCCGCCAUGGUAGGGCCUGGUGGGAAGGGCCUUCGUGAUUGGAACGAGGCAGACGGGAAUACAUGCAGUUUCUCCGGCGUCACGUGCGAUCGAGACUCUCGUGUGGUCGCGCUUAAUAUCACCUUCUGUCCGCUAAAUGGCACGCUCUCGCCGGAGAUUUCUUUCCUAGACCGCCUUGUUAAUCUCACAAUCUCUGGCGCUGGAAUCCAUGGUGGCCUUCCACCGGAGAUAGCCGGCUUGAAGUCGCUCCGACUGCUUAACAUUUCCAACAACUUUUUCACCGGUGAAUUCCCGGAUAUCGCCGGCGGGAUGAUGGCGCUCGAAGUGCUCGACGCGUAUAACAACAAUUUCUCAGGUCCGCUUCCGCUCGACGUCGCUGGUCUACCUCAUCUACGAUAUCUGCAUCUCGGAGGUAACUACUUCACCGGCGCGAUUCCAGACGCUUAUUCGGACAUUCAGAAUUUGGAGUAUUUGGGUCUAAACGGAAAUGGACUAUCCGGCCGGAUUCCGUCGAGCCUUAGUAAGCUGUCCAAGCUCCAGCAGAUGUAUAUCGGGUAUUUCAAUCUUUACGAGGGAGGAAUUCCGCCGGAGUUUGGAUUGCUUACGUCAUUAAUUCGCCUCGAUAUAGGCAAUUGUAACAUUUCCGGCACAAUUCCGGCGACGAUUGGCCAGCUCAAGCUACUCGACUCGCUGUUCCUCCAGCUAAACCGUCUCUCCGGGCCAAUUCCGCCGGAGCUCGGUGGGCUUGAGAAUCUCGAGUCUCUUGAUCUCUCAGUGAAUGAUCUGACUGGUGAAAUUCCAGAAAGCUUCGCAGCGCUGAAGAAACUGAUGCUGUUCAACUUGUUUCGAAACCACUUCCAUGGCCGUAUCCCACCGUUCGUCGGAGAGUUUCCGAACCUUGAGGUGCUUCAGCUUUGGGAAAAUAACUUCACAUUCGAGCUGCCAGAGAAUCUCGGCCGGAACGGCCGGCUUCUUAAACUCGACGUUGCUACAAAUCGGCUGACAGGGACGAUACCGCCGGAUCUCUGUUUCGGCGGGAGGCUCCAAAUUUUGGUUUUAAUGGAAAAUGGAUUCUUCGACAAGAUCCCCGAGAAGCUUGGCAGAUGCAAAUCCCUAACUCGCGUUCGACUUGCGAAGAACUACUUCGACGGAAAGAUACCCGCCGGUCUCUUCGACCUCCCCUCCGCCGACAUGCUCGAACUAAGUGACAACUACCUUUCCGGUGAACUCCCACCUGUGAUUAAAGGGGAAAAACUUGGGAUGCUCCUUCUCUCUAACAACUGGAUCUCCGGCUCAAUACCUCCGUCUAUCGGAAAUCUCCCGGGCCUCCAAACCCUCUCCAUCGAAUCAAAUCGGAUAUCCGGUCAUAUCCCGCCAGAAAUGGGAAAUCUCUCCCAACUCUCUAAGCUCAAUCUAAGCGGUAACAACCUGGUCGGUGAAAUUCCUCAAGAACUCACUCAAUGCACAUCGCUGGUUUCUCUCGAUCUCAGCCGCAACAGGCUUACCGGCGAGAUCCCGACGCAAAUGUCGAAGCUAAAAAUCCUCAACACGCUCAAUCUCUCGCGAAACAAUCUCGCCGGCGCAAUUCCACCAGACAUUCAGCGCAUGCAGAGCCUCACGAUAAUGGAUCUAUCGUUUAACGACCUCUCCGGCCCGAUCCCCGCCCAAGGCCAAUUUCUCGUGUUCAAUACCAGCUGGUUUGCUGGAAACCCCGAUCUUUGCGGCGUCGGUCUCCAUCUCCCCUGUUCCCCCUCUCCUCGCUUCUCCCCUGAUUCCUCCACCAACACCUCUCGAUCAAAGAAAAUCAUACUAACGAUUCUUCUAUCCGUUUUCGUCGUUCUCUUGGCAGCAGGUGGCGCGAAGGCCUGGUCAGCAUGGCGCAGCCGUCGCCGGCCGGACGCAUGGCGAAUGACUACAUUCCAACGUCUCAAGUUCACGGCGGAGGACGUUGUCGAAUGCCUGAAAGACGACAACGUCAUUGGAAAAGGCGGCGCGGGAAUCGUAUACCGGGGCACGAUGGCCGGCGGUACCGAAGUGGCAAUCAAACGUCUCGUCGGCUGCAGUGGCGGCGGCGCCGUCGGCGAACAAUACGAUCGUGGCUUCACGGCAGAGAUCACCACUCUCGGCAAAAUCCGGCACCGACAUAUCGUCCGGCUUCUUGGCUUCGUUUCGAACCGCGAUACCAAUCUUUUGCUUUACGAGUACAUGCCUAAUGGCAGCCUUGGCGAGAUGCUUCAUGGCGGGAAGGGAUCCCAUCUUGGCUGGGAUGCUCGGUGGCGAAUCGCCGGAGAGGCGGCGAAGGGUCUCUGUUAUCUCCACCAUGAUUGUUCUCCUCUGAUUAUUCACCGCGAUGUGAAAUCAAACAAUAUACUUCUUGAUUCUAACUUUGAGGCCCACGUUGCUGAUUUUGGCCUUGCCAAGUUUCAUCGUGAUUCCAGUGCUUCUGAGUGCAUGUCCUCCAUUGCCGGAUCUUAUGGUUACAUCGCCCCAGAGUACGCUUACACGCUGAGAGUGGACGAGAAGAGUGACGUGUACAGCUUCGGAGUGGUCCUCUUGGAACUAAUAACCGGCAGAAGGCCGGUGGGCGGGUUUGGUGACGGAGUUGACAUUGUCCGGUGGGUCAAAAAGACGGUGGCAGAGGCCGGAGAUGAUAAGGAGGCGGCGAUGGUGGUGACGGACAGGCGGAUAUCGCCGGCGCCGGUGGAGAAGAUUUCAAAGUUGUAUGGAGUGGCGAUGAUGUGCGUGGAGGAGACGAGCGAGGCCCGGCCGACGAUGAGGGAGGUGGUUAAAAUGCUGUCAGAGCCGGGGGAGGCAGCGUCGUUUGCGGCGGCGAAGUUUGCCGGGAAGAUAACGGAGCUCUGACGGAAGCGCUUGGUGGCUCUGUAAAUUAUAUAUUUUUAGAAUAUAUGCCUGAAAGUGUGCUUUGCAGGUUAUUUUGUGAAGGAUUGGUGAACUGGACUGGAUUUUAAUACCCGUUUGAAUACUUACUGUAGGGAUAUAUUGCUGUCUUUGUUUAUAGUUUGUAAAAAUUUUUUGGAAGUAUAUAUUUUGAUGAAA